AUGUUUUCCUGGCAGGCGCUGAGUCAUUCCACACGCCGCCAAGAUGAAGAGCACCAGCCUCUCCUCCCGCAGUACAACGAGGCGACGCAGAGACAGAAUCACCUCCAUGAGAAGCUUCACACAUAUCAGAUGCUACGGGCGCUUUCAAACGGCUACAUGCCCUCCAAUGAACAAAUGAUCACUCAUCUCCGCACUUUGCUCGCCGCCGACGUUCUCAAUCCCCAGGCUUCGGGCUUGAGUCCCUCGGGCAGAGCUCUGGUUCGAACUACGCGCAUGUGGCUCGGCGAACUUAUCGACCUACUAAAAGCCAAAAACUCCAAUGAUCAAGUCCAAGACUUCCUCUGGUAUCUGGCCAAAGCGCGUCUCCAAGUAGACUCGACAGAUCUCCACGUCAGGGCCGGCGCUGCCAAGAUGAAGGCAGAUGUCAUGGCCGCCGUCGCCAGCGUCAAGACGGUUGGAUCACUGUUACUCACAAACUCGGACUUUCGCAUCUUCCUUACAGAUCUGUCUACCGUCUCCCGCGAGGUCUUUCGCGACACAGCAUUCACACUACGAGACGUAGCUCACGAGACCGCAAAAAAGAUUGAGCCGCCCAAGGAGAAGCAACAGGCCCUUAAACACGCAAACGGAGAUGCGCAGCCAGCGCCUACGACAGAAGACCUGCAGCAAGAGGUCAUCGAAGUGGCCGAAGUGGUCGCAGACGGCGCGGGCGAUGUCUUGGGCACGGCAGCCCGCAGCGCGCGAGAACACAUCCAGGGGGACGAGCAAGAGGCCCUGACAUAUCGCCUCAAGCAAGCCGUGCUCAAACUUCGCAAGCGGCCCAAUUACUCGGAUUCCGUGUCCACGCUGUCCCUGCUCCUGAGGCGCUAUCUCAAGGUGUACUCUCGCGCUGCGGCGCGCACAGCUGAGAUUAUAGAAGAAGACGUCGGCAUGAACCAGGAAGCCGAUGAAGCUCUGCACAACUUUUGGCAGCUCAUCACGUCAUUCGGCGACAAAGAUGCGUGGAACCAAGUCGAAAAGUCGUUUCACGAGGUGGUGGAAAUUGGUCAGUCUGACCCGGCAUUCGAAAACUUGGUAGACCACCUCUCCAAGCUGGUGCAGGAUAUCCUCAUGGAUCCGGAAUUCUUCAACAAUGCGGAAAAGCGAUUUGAGCAGCUUCGCACCGAGUCAAAAGAGCUCACCACGGAAACCUCCAUCAGGGAAAAAGUCGAUCAUUUGCUGGGCAGCCUUAGCUCGGCCCUGCGCUCGGUGAGCGAGGACGCUGAAGUCCUUCAGCUCAUCAAUAGCUCGACUCGCAUUGCGCACAUUGUGUCGCCGAAAAACCAGUACAUCAACAAGGACAUGACCACGGAUCUCGUCAACGUCUUCGUCCCGAUGCUCAUACAGGGAAUCCAGUAUCUGCCCAUCCCACGCCUCGAGGUGUCGACUCCGGACGCAGACUUGCUCCUCGAAAACCUGGUUUUGGAACCUGGUCGAACAAUCAACAACUCUUCGUUUCUGCCUUACAGGUUACAAAUUUCGACCCGGAAUGACGUCGACAUCCGCAAAGCUCGCUUCCAAAUCCUGUCCACCGUCACAUCUGUGGCCACGAUCAAAAUCUCAGGGCUUUCCAUCGCAGCUGAAGAGCUGGGAUACUGGGUACACCUGCAUUCGGGCAUAUUGAGAUUCAUGGACGAGGGCCUUGCGAGCAUCCACCUGGACGAGCGUGGCAUUGACCUGUCGCUGGAUAUUGAAAUCGGACGAGAUCGCCUCGAAAAGAUUGUUUCUCUCCGCAGAGCCAGAGUCCACAUCCACCAUCUCAACUACACCCUGCGCCGGUCCAAGUUUUCAUUCUUGGCCUGGCUUCUCAAGCCGUUGAUUCGACCCAUCGUAAAGAGAGCAAUAGAGAAGAGCAUAGCGUCCGCCAUUGAAGACAGCCUCCACACUCUUAACCGCGAACUGCUCUUUGCUCGCGAGCGCCUGCGGGCAACCCGAAUUGCCAGCCCCGAAGACCUCUGGACCUUUAUCAGAGCCGUUGCCGCUCGGCUCGUCCCGAGGCCGCAUCCCGACAUCGAGGCCCGCAUCGGCGUCCGUCCGGAAAUCUUCCGUAACCGCUACGCUCCGGGAAGUCUAGUCCAGCUUUGGGAGCGUGAGGCUCAAGACGCCAGCCAGAAGAUCUACGAGUAUGAGAGAGGCGGCUGGCGCAAUGACAUUUUUGGCGUGCGGACGCGUCCCGCCUAA